GCUCAACUUCAACAAAACUAAGAGCGCCGCACCGCCAAACGGAAACUGAACUUUCAUUAUUAUUUUAUUUUAAUUAACCAUUCAAGGAAAAGGGCGGUUUCCGUUAAAUCUUUGAUCCACUGAAACCUUUAUAUAUACAAUUUGCCUCUCUUUCUCUCUUCUCCAAGCAAACUCUCUCUUCCACACGCAUAUAAUUUAUAACUACUUUAAAACCAAUUUGCCUCUCUUUCUCUCUUAUAUCAAAUUUGUUUUCUUUCUGUGUUGUUUUGUUUUGGUUAAUCUUCUUGUACUCCGAGUCUCUCUCUCCGAUAUUGUUUUUAAUGAAAAUGUGUUUUGCUUGUUAUUGAUUCGAUUCUUUGGUAGCGUAGGUUCAAUUUCACUGGCUUUUACGAUAUCAAUUUAUUCCACUGCAUAUUCUUCCUUUUCUUUUCUUUUUAUCUCUUUUUGAUUCUGGGCAACGUUGAAAUUUAUCGAUUAUUCUCUGUUUUUUUAAAAAAAAAAACUGCUCAAGUUUUGAUCUUUGCAUCAAUUAACUUCUGGGCUCUUUUUUUUUUUUUAAUUUAUAGUUUUUUCUUUUUCUAGAUUAUAUUUAGAAAACUAUUUUUGUGCCGUACGGUUUUCAUAGAAGUUCUAAUCUGCAAGAGUUGGUGAGUUUUUUUUUUUUUUUUUCCUUUCUUUUUGCGCAAGUUUUAACGUUUCUCAAUUAUGAACUACUCUUCUUCUAUUCGAGUAGCAGACACUAACGGGUUUUUCGUGGAUUCACCUUCUACCAAAUUAAGCAAACAUACAUUAGAUAUAUCUAAUGAACAAACUCAAAGUGAAAAUUCAGAUUUAGAAACCGUCAAUGACCAGGAAUCGGUCAUAUCUGAUAGCGAAAGUGUGAAUUCUAGUCAGUUUCCGGAAUUUGAUGAUGGGUUGGUUCGGCUUUCUGAAGGAGACAGAGUUAAUGACCUUAUCAAGCGAAGGUUCAUUUCUGGUUUAGGCUUGCUUGGUAAGCAAGCCACAGUUGUUGCCAUUCAUCGGAAUAAAUACUCUGGUAUUGUGGGUCAAGCAAGGAUGCAAUCUUUUCAGAUUUUUACUAAAGCAAUGGAGGACAAGUGUGGUGGCAAUGCAAAUGUUAAGUAUGCUUGGUUUGGUGCUUCUUCAAGAGACGACAUUUGCAAUAUCAUGACACAUGGAUUUGGUCGCCAAAUUAAUGAUAAUAACGGCUUGUAUGGAUGUGGCAUCUAUCUUUCUCCUGACGAUUCUCCUCUUGAAAGUGUGAAGAAUUUGAGAGUUGACAAGGAUGGUCUACGCCAUUUGUUGCUGUGCCGUGUCAUACUUGGCAGGUCAGAGGAGGUGCAUCCUGGUUCUGAGCAGUGCCAUCCAAGUUCUGAGAAGUUUGAUUCUGGAAUUGAUACAUUUCUAUCUCCCAAGAAGUAUAUUGUUUGGAGUACCUACAUGAAUACUCAUAUUUUCCCCGAGUUUGUUAUUAGUUUCAAGGCUCCUUGUUGCUUGAAAGGGCUAUUUAAAAUUCGAGAAUCCCCAGGGGUGCCAACAUCACCGUGGAUGCCAUUUCCAGCUCUUAUCUCUGCACUCUCGGAGUUUUUGCCCCCUGCUACUAUUGGUCUACUUGACAAACACCAUAAAGAUCACAGAGAAAAGAAAAUUUCAAGGCAAGAACUAAUACAGCGGGUGAGACAAAUUGCAGGAGACAGACUGUUGAUUGCAGUGAUCAAAUCGUUUAGAACCAAGCAAGUCAGAGUACCAAGCAGCUCUAAGCAAAACAAUGGCAGGAAUGGGGGCAGGGACCAUACUAAAUCUGAUGUCAGGAAGGGCAGCAUGGAUUGACUCGGAUUGUGAAUAAAGUCGUCUUGGUGGUGCAAAGUUUUCCUUGUGGAAAAAGGGACGAGAAGGCACAUAUGAAACUGACAUAAACUAAUAGCUAAUCCAAAGUGACACAGAAGGUUGGGAUCCAACAGAUGCUAGUGCAUGUUUUGUGGUUGUAGUGCUGUGAGGAGGAGUAGUAGCAGUAUUAUAGUUCAGCUCAAUACAAAAGCAGGAGUUUGCUUUUUCUUAUCACAUAUCGCUUUGCAAGUGCGAAUGCAAAUGUUAACUUUUUGUGAUCUGAUUUACAGAGUAAAAAAGAAAAAAAGCAAAAUAUAUUUGUCUUAAGAACCCUCUCCUCCUCUUAUAAGAGGCUAACAACUGGGCCUUAUUCAUGGAUGUGUUUUCACCCCAUUCUGGGUUGGCCGGGGCAAUUGUCCUGGUCAACCUGUACACAUUAGCCAAAGCAAGCCCCCAAGGGAUGAAUGAGAAGCAUUGGGCCUAGAAUUGUCUCCUUACUGGCUGACUAUUUUAUUGUGAUACCCAGAUUUUAUAAUUUUCUCUGCAAUGAGGAAAUGGUUAAGGUUUGUUUGUUUUCUUUUCUUUCAAGGAUGAUAAAAGGAAAGGAGAAGAAAGAUACCAAGUCAAUCAACGGGGUAGGUGGUGUCAACUCAUUAGAAUUUGUAUUUUGUAGAUUUUCUUGGGAAAAAUCCGAAGGUAUUAUUAUUUAAGCUGA